UAUAAACUCCGAUACAAACAUUUCGAAAAUAGCAAAAAUUCUAGUGCUUUUAUUGACACUACUCUUCUCUACACAAUAAGUAUAUAAUAAAAUAUGUCGAAAAGAAUUGAUAAUUAUGAUCAAAUGAGCGACCCUGACAACCCCCUAACGAUAAAGUUUGAAGAUAUCCAAGCCGCCCUACCUCGAAUACGACCCUACGUGCCUAUGACACCUUGUGUACCCUCGCAUCAAAGCAAGACGUUCACAAUGAAUAUUAUUUACAAGAUGGAAAGUGUCCUCCCAUCCGGAUGCCAUAAAGAACGCGGGGUAGCAAAUGCUCUUCUCAAAAUACCGAGGGACAACAAGAAGGCCGGCCUAGUGAUUGCGUCUCUCGGGAACCACGCCUAUUCGUUGUCCUACCACGCUGCACGCAUGAAUAUUCCAGUCACCGCGUUGUUUCCUGACUUCGUUCCCAUACAGAAGUUGCAGAAGAUCCACGCGCUUGGCACUAAGGUGUUGGUGCGAGGGAAUAACAUCGCGGACACACACAAAUUAGCCCGGGCCAUGGCGAAGGAAAAAGGACUCAUAUUUAUCAAUGGUCGUGACCACCCAGACAUCCUAGCCGGACUCGGGACCGUUGCGCUGGAGAUCCUGGAGCAAGUGCCCAACGUGGACGCGGUGCUGGUGCCCGUCGGCACGGGCGGCCUCAUCGGCAGCGUGGGCACCGUCAUCAAGAGGCUCAAGCCCAACUGCCUUGUUUACGGCGUGCAAUCAGAACUAAUGCCUGUGUUCGCUAAAGCACUGGAAGCCGGAGAACCGGUCACUAUUCCGGAUGUGAACACUAUUGCCGACUGUCUGCAGGUGACCAGAGCAGGCGUCAAUGCCUUCCACAACGCCAAAUCUGUCAUUGACAAAAUGUUGCUUGUAAAGGAGGACUGGCUAGCACGUGCAGUAUUAGCGCUGGUAGAGCAGGAACGCUUCGUGGUGGAGGGCGCUGGUGCCUGUCCGCUCGCUGCAAUCAUUGGACACUUGGUUCCUGAGCUCAAGACGAAGACUGUGGUAUGCCUUGUCACCGGUGGAAACAUAGACUGUAGUUUCCUAGCCCGAUGCAUGGAUAGAGGUCUAGCAGCAGAAGGCAGACUUAUAAAAUUCAGAGUGAGGAUCAAAGACAAUCCGCCCGAACUAAGCAAAUUGGUGAGGUUGAUUUCCGAUCUGGGAUUUAACAUGGUACGCCAUUUCCGCGAUGCUGUGUGGGUCGAGAGUGACGUGUAUCACGUAGAGAUGCGCAUAGUGUGUGAGGGAAGGAAUUUGGAACACUCUCUGGAGCUCAAGCGAGCGUUGGACAGAGCUUAUCCCGGAUUAACUACGUUCGACACUGAACCGUUUAACGAUAAAAGUAUGUGCCCGUGUUAUGUUGUCAAGAUCUGAUCGAGAAAGGUUGCCCAGGUUGUGGAUUCAGUUACUGCUCCAAAUGUUUAGAACACAAGAUAUUUUUACAGAAAAUUAAUUCAGAAGCCAAGGUCUGUGUAAAAUGUAAGCAAGCAGCUCAACAAUCAAAAGGGGCUAAGCCGAU